AUGGCGGCCGCUAUCGCACAGGCCGAAGAACUAAACAUCAAAGUAAGUGUCGCAGUAGUGGACGCCGGGGGCCGCCUGCUGGGACUGCAGCGAAUGGACGGAGCAAUCUGGGCCUCUGCGUAUGGUUGCCAGGGGAAGGCCGUGGCGUCAGCCGCGUUCGGACAACCCAGCGGUGCAAUGCAAGCCCGCGCCGAGGCACCCACGCCCAGCGGCAUUCGCCAGCGUUCCGGUUCCGAGAUGAUAUUCGGACAGGGCGCCGUUCCCAUCAUCAGCGAUGGAGAAGUUGUUGGAGCGUGUGGUGUCGGCGGCGGUACCAGCGAAGAGGACGAACAAUGCGCCGCAGCCGGCGCCGCGGCCCUUUAG